AUGGGCAAUGCCACUUCGACAAUAGCGAGCUAUCUGGCAACAGAUUGUGCUAGCCCGCUAGCCAAAACCCCUCUUAACUGCUUGACAACUUUCACCGAUAGUAGCAACUCCACUGUUGCAUAUUUUGGCAACGUUGCAUUUGGAACUUUCCAAGCAGACCCAGACGUGGCUGGAAUAGGGACCAUAAUCUCAUUCGUUGUGCCGAGCGCCAUACUCUUUCUCUGCAGCUUGUUGAUUAUCGUGCCACGGUUGGUACCCAUACCACCUCUACGAAAUAUUCCAAUUCCCCGUCCUGCACCUGAGCCCAAAUAUAAGCUCAACCGGGUUGAAAAAUGGAUCGCGAACCAUGUCCCUCUCCCUUACCAUCCACCGUAUCCAUAUCCUCUUUAUUCCACGCCUACUCCAACCUACAUGGGCCCCGCGACACCUGCAAACCCUGAUAAUAUCUCGCACUACCAGUCAUCAUUAAAGCCUUCAGAGUCGAACGAGUUAUCGGCGAAGAAAGACCCAAUCGAGCGCGAUCAUGCGUUUUAUGACAUACUAGAAGCAACCAUGUUGUGCAUUUCCGACGGACAGAUCCUUCUCUCGCUGGCUUUCAGCAUGAGUUUCAUGGCCACCGACAACAGAUGCACAACAUCACAAUACCACUUCAAGGUCGGGCUCAACUUGUGGCUCAAAGCUACCACCAGCGCUGUCCUGUCCUUUGCUAUGGUUCGCCACUAUUUCCGAUCCUUUUUGUCAGCGAUAUUUCGCUUGGUGGCGUUGAUAGGGUCGUUGAUUUUCUCCCUUGGGUUGCCUCUCAUGCUCCAGGUGAACUCCGGCUUUGCCUCGGAAAUCACCCCCUCCGACCACCGGGGCAGCAGUCAAAUCUUUCUGAACGCGUUGUGCUUCAUGGACCCAUCGUUCAGAAAGGUCGUUGUGGAUGACCAAAUCAAUAACCAGGCCGUGAUCGGUAAUUGCCUCACACACCCUGAGUUGUCACAAGAGUUUAUAUCUUGGGCAGUGACCUGCAUUAUCUGGGCCAUUAUUAUGCUCGGCCGUUUCGGCCGUCGUGCGACGAGACCGUUUCGUGAGGAAACUGAUCCUAGCCCUGACCCUGACAGUAAGAGUCGGGCUGUGUUAAUGUUUUGGUUAUUUCUGAUGUUGGUAUGGUGUUUUGCGGUUGGCGUUUUCAGUUACAGGACCUUCUGGAUCUUAAACCUUCGCCGUUGGGUAGCAUCUUCUCCGUGGAUAGAAGACCCCAGUGCGGAGACUCAUGUUCGGACUUUUGGGCAGUUUGCCGCCCUCUUUUCCAUGGCUAGCAUACUACUCGCUGCACUAGACCAGAAUGUUUCUAGGACAGAGGAUGAAAAGGAGGAGUAG